GCAGUCACCGCCAGCCGGGAACGAGCAGCCGCAGAGGGAGGAGGCAGAGCAGAAGCACAUUCGCACAGAACCAAAGUGAGUCCGGACCUCACAGCGCAUCGAUGGAGGACCUGUGCCAGUACCUGCUGGUGGCCUUGCCCGUGGUGUGUUUCCUGGUCUGGCUGUGGCGGGACAGCCAGCGGGUCCCCAACAUCACGGAGAAGUACGUCCUCAUCACGGGCUGCGACUCGGGGUUCGGAAACCUCCUGUGCAAGCGGCUGGACCGGCGGGGCUUCCGCGUGCUGGCCGCCUGCAUGACGGAGAGGGGGGCGGACGACGUGCGCCGGGCCGCCGGCCCCAACCUGAGGACCGCGCUGCUGGACGUCACCGACUCCGCCAGCAUCCAGAAGGCCCUGGAGUGGGCCACGAAGGAGGUCGGGGACACAGGGCUGUGGGGCCUGGUGAACAAUGCGGGGCGGUCCCUCCCCAUGGGCCCCACCGAGUGGAUGAAGCCGUCGGACUUCGAGAGCACCCUGCGGGUGAACAUGACGGGCGUGAUCGCGAUGACGCUGGCCUUCCUGCCGCUGCUGAAGAAGGGGCGGGGCCGCGUGGUCAACGUGGCGUCCGUGCUGGGCCGCGUGGCAGCCAACGGCGGGGGGUACUGCAUCUCCAAGUUCGCCGUGGAGUCCUUCUCCGACUGCCUCAGGAGGGACAUCCACUACUUUGGGGUCAAGGUGUGCAUCAUCGAGCCGGGGUUCUUUAAGACGGCCGUGACCAACCUGGAGUCCUUGGAGAGGGAGCUCCAUCGGCUCUGGAACCAGCUCACCCCAGAAGUGCGCGACAGCUACGGAGAGAAGUACCUACUCAACUACAUCAAGGUGCAGCGCUUCAUACUGAACCUCGUGUGCGACUCUGAUCUGAGCAAAGUCACCAGCUGCAUGGAGCACGCCCUGACCGCCAGCCAUCCGCGAACCCGCUACAGCGCCGGCUGGGACGCCAAGAUCGGCUGGAUCCCUCUGUCCUACGCCCCGGCCUGGGUCGUUGACUGCGCACUCAACUUAGUGCUGCCUCGACCGGCGCGUAGCGUCUCCUAAAUUUUUGGGAAAAAACAGGAAGACGCAAAGUGCCAUGCGAUGUAUGGGGGAUAAGUAGCGCAUGCAAAAGCGCACCCAGUGUUAUUCUGAGAACAUCGCGUAAUAUCUGUUCUAAAAUUCAAGUUUUUUUUCUGAAAACGUAAACAAAACCCUAUUUUAAAAAUGUGCUAAAUGCUAUGUGUGAGGUAAAACACAAUAUUUUUAAUAUUAUACAAUUAUUUUUCACAAACCGUCCUAUGUGCCUUACUGCUUUUUGAAUAUUAUGCAUGUUCUCUCUAGUUGUAGAGGUCUUUUGCAUGCGUGACCCUGUAGCCUAUAUAUUAUUUAUUUUUAACUGGAAUGUCUACAACUAUUAUUUUGUCGCCGUUCAGCUUACUGCCUCAGGUUGCUGGAGUUCAAAUGCCUGUGUAUACAAAUAUUUCAUAAUAGCCUAUAUUCCCAUAUUAUAUAUUCCCAGUUGCUCAAAGAAAUGGAAUUGAUUUCAUUAGGCACACCACCAUGCAGACAACACACAUGGACCUCUAAUGUUGCUCCUAUAUAAACGUUAUUUGACUUGUUCCCCCUGUAGCGUACUGCUUUUGAGAUGGACUGGACGAAACGUUAAAAAUGGAAAAACGACACUGAAAAUAAAGGACUAGGAAGCAAAAAAAAAAAAAAAUGCAAAGUGAAACAAAUGACGUGUUUUUCUAAAAAAAUAGUCAACUUUUAAAGGUAAAAAACAUGCAUAGUGGCCAUAUUCGUUUUUACACGCCAUUAACAUACAGCUCAUUUCCUGCCUUUCACACAUAAAUAUUUAUUUAAGUGUUGCGUUUUUUCUUAUAUUAUAGGCUGCGUUAUUUGAAUAGUGUGUUAUUUGAUAAAUACAUUGCAUAUUAACAAGAGUUCGUUUGUCGCACAGGUCAGGUGCCUUACUCAUGAAACAAGCAGGAUAUGUCUACAGUGUUUACCUCUGACUGAAAAUGUAUAUCGUAUAUCAAACUAACUGUUUGAAGGUUUUAAUUCUCACAUUACGAUGACAUGAAAGAUAUGCGCAUAAUAAACCGAAUGAUUCCU